AUGGCUCCCUUGGCACCAAUUGACUUAUGUGGAAUGGUUCAAUCGCAGAUGGAGACUAAAGAUUCAACUCCUCGGUUCCACCUCUACAGACUGGUUCUCUCGCAGAGCACCAUCACCGAUGAUGUUCUCCAGCAUCAGUGGGAAGGGGAUGGGACAAUUGAGAACCCGUAUCUUGUGGAGUGGCUGCACGACGAUCCUCGCGAUCCCCAUCAAAUGCAAGAGUGGCUAAAAUGGUCCAUUACUCUUCUUCAGGCCGCAUCAUUUCUCUCCAUAACAUUCGCCUCGUCUUCACUUUCCGCCGCCAAUCCCCAGAUUCAGGAUCAUUUUGGGGUUAGUUCCGAGCUGGUGGUUGCGGAUACCUCGUUGUUCGUGCUCGCAUUUGCCAUUGGUCCUGCGGUUUGGGCUCCUCUUUCGGAACUAUAUGGUCGACAAGUGAUAUACUUUAUCACCUAUGGAAUGACGACUCUCUUUGCUGGGGCGACCAUCGCAAGUCCAAAUAUUGCAACUCUUUUGGUCCUUCGAUUUUUGUCUGCCGCAUUUGGUUCAUCUGCCAUCUCCAACGCUGGUGGAGUGGUUUCUGACAUGUAUACCGCGCGAGAUCGAGGCCUCGCGACAAUUGCUUUUAUUGGAGCUCCGUUCCUUGGCCCUAGCCUUGGGCCUAUUGCUUGCGAUUUCUUGGCAGUAUCCAAAGGUUGGAAGUGGGUUCAAGGACUUACUACAAUCUUCAAUGCAGUGGUGUUCUUGGUGGGAAUUUGCCUAAUUCCCGAGACAUACUCACCCGUUCUCCUGCAAAAGAGAGCGGCAAAACUCAGCAAGAUGACUGGUGCUGUCUACAAGAGCCGACUCGAUGUGGAGCAGGGGCAUAAAACCGCCGGCCAGGUCUUUACGAAGACAAUGGUGCGCCCUUGGAUUUUGCUCUUUUUAGAGCCAAUCGUGUUACUCCUUUCAAUCUACAUGGCUAUCAUCUACGGUACAAUGUAUAUGGAAUUUGCAGCCUUUCCGAUCGUGUUUGAGGAAGCCCGCCAUUGGCCACAGAGCACUUCUGGGUUGUCAUUCUUGGGAAUGAUGAUUGGACAGAUACUUGGAUGCGCAUAUUCUAUUCUGGACGAUGGCCGAUACAAGAAAAUCGCCGAUAGUAUUAGCUUUGGUCGCCCUCCCCCCGAGGCACGACUCAUUCCUGCUAUGGUCGGAGCUGUGACGCUCCCCAUUGGCCUGUUCUGGUUUGCGUGGACCAACUUCCCUAGAAUUCACUGGAUUGUCUGCCAGAUUGGAACAGUAUUAUUUGGCUUCUCUCACGUCUCCAUUUUUCUCAGCGUGGUCAAUUACCUCGUGGAUGGCUACACUGUCUAUGCCGCCUCGGCGCUGGCAGGGAAUGCUGUCAUACGAGCCCUCUUCGGCGCAGCCUUUCCUCUCUUCACCACGCCCAUGUACGAUCGCUUAGGUAUCCAUUGGGGCUCUUCGAUCUCGGCCUUUCUCGCCGCUGCUUGUCUCCCGUUUCCCUGGAUAUUUUACAAAUACGGCCCUGCGAUUCGACGCCACUGUCGAUAUGCGGCUGAGUCUGCCCGUCAGCUUGAUGCUAUGACUGAUCGGAUGAGAGUCCAGGCGGAGCAAAAGAUCGCGGGCGAAAAGUCCUCGGAGCAGUCCGCAAAAUCUGCGAGCUCUCCUUCCGCUGCAGCCAAUGAGGAACCCAAUCUCUCUCGAAAGACGACCUGCCUUGAGAGACACGUCAUGGCGCUGGGGCGACUUCCACGUCAAUGA